UGCGAAACCAAAGCCAAAGCUUGGAAGCAAAACCAAGAAAGAAAAAACCAAACCAUGGAAGAUAUCCAAGCAAAAGCAGAGAAACUCAGUCUCAGACUUUCUUCCUUAAACUUGAACGCUGUAAAUUUGCCUCACCACCAAAACUUGAGACCCAUCAGCGAAGAAGAAGAAGAAGAAGAAGAAGAAGAAGAAGAUGAAGAAGGUAUGGUGUGUGAAAGAAAUGGUGUCGGAGUUGGGUUGGAGAGCAUGAUUUUGGUUCAUAACCUCCCAGUUGUAGGGAGAGAGAAAGUUCAUAAGCUGGAGACUGAGAUCCGAGAGUUGUUCUGUGGGGUUGGUAUGAUUAAGAAAGAUGGUUUUUCAAUUCCUAUCAACUCCGAUACCCAAAUGACCCUAGGUUAUUGCUUCAUUCAGUAUAAUACUCGUCAGGAGGCUCAGCUUGCCAUAGAAAACAGAGAUGGAUGCAGAUUCGCUGAGUCCACACUUUCAGUAAGCCUCUUUGAUUAUGGUAAUAGAAUGUGAGAUUGUUUGUGUUAGAAAAAGCUAAUUGCUAAGGAGAGAACUUGAGAUCAAUGUUUUGUAAACUCCAAAUGCUGUUUAUAUUUUAUACCAACAUUAAUGUGGUCUAACUUGUCUUUUGACCAACAUUUGUGUGUAAGAAAUCAUUCUUGGUAUAAAUUAUAACUCAAAAGAUUUCUUAUUGUUUCUUUAUCAUUAAUGGUUAAGCCGUGGUUCUUUUCAAUUUCAACGUAAUAAUACCAAAAAUAACAAUAAAGGGCUUUUAGAUUUGUAAACUUCUCAUUCAGAAUUUGGUCAAUGUUCUUAAGAUACAUGUUGAUCAUAUAAAGCAAAAUUUAUAAUGCCUCCGAAAGCAGUGCAUGAUUUUCCAGUGCCUUUUCUUUUUUGGCAAAACAAUGCCAUGCCUAUUUAAAUAUAAAUGGACUUUUUUCAUGCACACUUUGUAUGUCAUGACAUUGAAAAAAGUGUGGUACAGCAAAUUUUUCUUUCAUGAGCGAUUUAAAAUGUAAAAAUCCGACAACUCAAAAUAUUUGAACUUUUCAAGUAUCAUUUGCAAUUUGUUAUAUAUAUUACAAAACCCACAGAAAUUUUAAAAACAAUUCAUCCAAGUAUUGUAAUGAGAUUGAAUUGGGUUUUGAUCGGUUUUCCAACUUCAAAUCCGAUAACCAAACAACAUAGCAAAUUUUAAAAUCCAAUAAAUAAUGAGUUGGAUUUUAAUAGAUUUUUGUACACCCUCUAAAAAACAGUAAGAUGAAUGCAUAAUUCAUGCACUAAUGGAAGUAUGAAAAACUAAACCAGAGACUUUAAAUCAAGAAUCAAUUAAAUGGUAAUUGAUACUGAAGAUUAAGAGCAACAAAAUAGUGCAUAAAAUUUUUUUAGCCCAUAUCUUCAAGCAAUUUACAAUGAAACCAGAAUUCAAAUCCAUGUUCCCCAUUAAUUAGGUGCAAAAGUUUUCCCCAACAAACAAACAAACAAAAAAAAAAAAAAAAAGAAAUGGAAUCUCUUUCUUGCAAGCGGGACUUCCUCUCUUAUUCAGCUACUUUUUUCACUUCCUAAGUAUCGACAAGACCAUCAAACAAUUCAAAAAAAAAAUAAAAAAACAUUAAACAUAAUUAACAAAAAAAUAAAAAAUCAAACUUUUAUUUGACGCUCCUCUCAUCUGUGCAGCCAUAGAACAAUGAUUAGGAAGAUGCUCAAAAUCAGAUAACACAACCUAGGGUUCUUACAAUUUUCUACAAAAAUCUUACUAAUUAUCUAUUUCAAAAGGCCAUGAAACAUUCCAAUACAGUAAAACUGCAAUAAGGGAUAUAUUUAAACAAACAACCAGGAAAAAAAAAAAAAACACAAUUCUACUCUUGGAAAAUAGCAAGUAAAAAUCCAAUUUUUUGUUUCAACAAAUUUAUAUCUCAAACUCAAAUUUUUUCUUUUCUUUUUUUUUUUUUGGGG